GAGAUCAAUAAAUGAAAUGUUUAUCAAAAACUAGGUACAUUAAUUAUUAUUUUCCCCAUUUGAUAGAGUUCGUUUUACUCACUGAACGUGACCUUAUAAAUUGUGCGUAGUGUUAUUUGUGACAAAGCACAUUGUAUUAAAGUAAUAAUUAUUGUGGAAUCAAUUUUGGAAUCAUAAAUUAAAAAUGUCGCUAAAUAAGCUCGUUGGGGGUGACUGUGGUGGAAAUAAUUCGCUUGUCCAAUUAUCAAAUAUUGUAAGCCGAGAUGCACCUCAAUCACUAUCACAAGCGGAUAGAUUUGUGAAUGAAUUCGUCGCUCAAAACUCUCAGAUGCCACAAACAUUCAAUAUGAACGCCCUACUUAGAAAUAUCCCUGAAGUUGAACAAAUUCACAAAGGUUCUCGAAUGCAAUCAGGAAAUCAAAUGUCGAAUGUAAGGUCCAAUGCACAAUCUGCAUGGUUACCAGGUUCAUCCUCUAUAAUAACAGGUCCUACUAUGAUAAGACAAUUUCAUCUAGCGCAACAUCCCAUGCACAUGCCUCAGACAUCUUCUAAUGUACAAAUACAGUAUAUAAAUGAAUCAGAAAUUGAAGCUACUGCUGAUCCUGAUGUCCGUGCUAAGGCUCAAGAAUAUGUUGAUAGUGUUAAGGAAGAUGAUGAGCAGGCAUAUAAUCAAUUUAUGUCAUUUAUGAAAAGAAUAAGUGCAGGUGAGCUCAACUUAGGAGAUACAUCUGAAACUGAACAGAGGAACAUGAGUCGGGAUGCCAUUGUUGAUGAAAUGGCUCAAAAAUACAAAGAUGAGUGGUCAAAACUUAGUGAUGUGAAUGAUUACUGGAACACUGAGAUUGCUAAUGGUAUUGCUGAAGAAUAUGCCUUUACUGAAGGGAAUGUGAUGUUAGAAAAUAAAAGUGCUUUAGAAUUAGGUAAGGAAAGAUUAAAAAUGGGUGAUGUACCUGGAGCAGUGUUAUGCUUUGAAGCUGCUGCUCAGCAACAACCAGAUUCUGCUGAAGCUUGGUUUUUGCUAGGAACAACUCAGGCUGAAAACGAGCAAGACCCUCUUGCUAUAACUGCUUUGAAGAAAUCUCUUGCAAUUGAUCCACGUCAGUUGGAAGCAUACAUAACAUUAGCUGCAGCUUACACAAAUGAAAAUAUGCCUAAAUUUGCAUAUUUAGCAUUAGCUAAUUGGCUAAAAGGUAGUCCUAAAUAUAGUGACUUAUAUCCUCAAGAUAUGAAUCCUGAGGAAAUGAAUUUAAAGCAAUUGGAGGCAUAUGUGAUGUCAUUAUACUUAAAGGCAGCACAAUUAAAUCCUUCACAAAUUGACCCUGAUAUUCAAAAUGCUCUGGGAGUUAUCUUUAAUGCUAACCAGGAGUAUGAUAAAGCUGUUGAUUGUUUCAAAACAGCCCUAAUGGUUGCUCCUGAAAAUGCAAAACUGUGGAAUAGACUUGGAGCUACUUUAGCUAAUAGUGAAAGAUCAGAAGAAGCUGUUGAUGCUUACCAACAAGCUCUGAACUUAGAACCAGGAUUCAUCAGAGCAAGAUACAAUGUAGGAAUCACAUGCAUGAACUUAAAAGCACACAAGGAAGCAGCUGAACAUUUUUUGGUUGCACUUAAUCAGCAAUAUAAGGCAAAAGACAUGUAUCCUGACACUUCCUCAGUGGACACUAGUUCCUCAACCAUAUGGACUACCCUGAGGAUGGUUUGUUCAUACAUGGGUGAGCAUGAUGCUGCAAAAUUAGUUGAUGAGAGGAAUUUGACUGAACUUAAUAAGUUUUUCAAUGUGGAUGCAUAAGGUAAUUUGGUAAUUUGAUAUGAAUACCUUGUUGUCUAAAUGAUGGCAAGCUUAUCACACUGAUGUAAUAAUUUCAUAUCUUAUAUAUGUAUAAAUGAUUAAAUUAAAUUUGUUCUUGAAAUUCUGUGCAGGGAAGAUAUUAUUUAAGAUUUUAUAUGGUUAUGUUUAUCAGGUGACUAUUAAAACUUAAUCAUAAUAUAUUGACAUUUGGUGAUUGACGAUUGUCUUUAUCAAUGAGGGACUUGGUGUAAUAACAUUUGUUAUCAAAUAAUUAUGUAAGUUUCAUUUAAUAAGGAUACAUUUGAAAUCCAACAAUGUAAAGGAAAUGUUUAUGAUCUUUUUUAUAUGAUUUAUACUUAAUACUCAAAAUUGUUUAAGUACAUAACAUUUAUUAAUAAUUAUAAAUAUAGUUUCUUAUUGGUUAUAUAUUUUGUAUAUAAAUGGUGAUAAUGUAUGAGAAUUCUUUGUUAAAAGUCUGGGUUAAUAAAUCAAUUAUUUGAA